UGAUUUACGUUGGAAUAUGACCACCCAGACUUUCAUAGCCCGAAAAGCUGCCUGCCGCACCAAGAAAGACGCUACUGCAGUCAUCUUGGCUGUUUUUUUUAAUCGGCAUACUGUCUUUUGUACUCUUUGUAAUUCAACCUACCACGAGGCCGCAUCGCCAACGCGCCCUAGCUUCUUUCAAACGUGCACUACCAAUGUGUUCGUUCCCCGGAUGAUCAUCGAUCAUACAUAUGUUCUGCUUGCACUAUUUAGGCUACACUUUUUCCACAAACACUUUCACUUCCGCCAUGUUCAAGACUGGGAGAACUGGAUUGGGGGGCGUGUCAAUCGCUACGAAGACAUAAGUCCUGAUCCCUGUCAGUAAUGUCGCAGUAUUACCCAUUCGUUAUAGAUAAAAUUUAUGCCCGUCGGCAACGAAGGUUUGUUUUUGGUUCGGGCAUGCAGCUGUCGGCAGGACUUUUGGACUGUUCAGCUUCAUUGUGAUGUUCUUAGAGAUCCGAACCAUAAUAAAGGUAUAGAAGUCUUGCCUUGAAUAGAGGCAGCACGAUCGCAAUAAAAAUGAAUGUGAAAGCUUGUUAUCAUGAUCUAACCCAUACAUGUGGACUCAUUCUUAC